CAAACUUGAAUUGCUGCAGUUCAAGUCUAAUUCCAGAUGUAAAAGUUACAGCUGAGUUUAAUAUUAAACACUGGAACAAUGUUGGCCGUAUAUAUUUUAAUUGUUUUCUUCAACAUCUGGAUGAUUAACUGCGAUGAAAUGUGUGCUUGCCAGGAGAUCAAUGCCCUGAAAGAGACAAUCCGAGAAGAAAUGUUAGAUCGCAGACUGGAAGCUACAAGAAUGUUGGCGAAGAUUCACAAAUUAGAAGCAACUCAAAAAUCGCAACACGGAGCAUCUGACUGUACAGUGCGACUCGAUAAGAUGGAUACAAAGAUUUCAGAUUUGGACAGAAAGCUUAAUGCAUCGACUAGAGAGAUGCAUGAAGAAAAUAUGAUUGCAAUUGUGGAGAAAGCGUUGACGUCCGAGAAACAAGAAUGGACAGAAUCCAAGUCUGAUCUAGAAAGUCAGAUGUCUGCUAUUACAGACAUAGUUGCAGAAUAUGAGGAGUUGAUCCCGAAAAACAAAACAGGAUGUUUCAGCGGCAGGGCAAGAGAUUAUACAGGUACCAAAAGCACCACAGCUUCAGGGUAUCAGUGCCAAAGCUGGGGCAGCCAAAAACCACAUGAACACAAAUACAAAGAAAAACAGUUUUCAGAUUGUUCCUUCUGUCAAGCGAAGAAUUACUGUAGAGACCCUGGAAAUGAUGGGUUUCUGUGGUGCUAUACAAUUGAUCCUGAUAAACGCUGGGAAGGAUGUGGUAUUCCAUGGUGUGAGGAACCUGAAAGAAAUAAUAAUACCUUUGACUGUUACAUCAUCACUGCCGAAGACAGGAGAAGCGGUAAAUCAGACAAGGAAUUGUGUGAGAGCAAUGUGAAUCGAUUUGAAGUCAAUGCUAACACAACAUACACCAUUUCUGGGUGCAAGGACUGUUGCUGUCAGUCAAGAGACUGCCAUCCAUCAGAAUGUCCCGAGUGCUACAGUGGUACCUGGCAUCGCGCAGUAUCGGGCCGGGAGUGUCAGCGAUGGGAUAGCCAGGAGCCACACAAACACAAGUUUAAUGAAAUUAAGAUGUUUCGGAGGGAAAAAACAGUAGCUGCAGCUCACAACUACUGCCGGGAUCCGUCAGAAUCAGGGUACCUAUGGUGCUAUACAAUGGACCCUAAUCAAAGAUGGGAAAAGUGCGACAUACGUGAAUGCUAGUUCAUGGUGUUUACGAGUUAUGAUCAACAGUUACUGUUUGUUUUUGUGUAUAUUUUUCUUCUCAACAAUAAUUAUAACCAGAACGAUGUAACUAACACAGUGACAAUGUGUAAUUAGGUUUUUGUAUAGUAAAUCGACGUCCCAUAAAUAUAAGGCCCUUAAGACCUAUUCAGAAACUUUACUGAAAGAACCAUAACUGAAUAUGAAUUCAUAGUUGUGUAACCAUGUUCAUUGAACAAAAAUGGCAUUGCUUUAACAACGUAAGUUCGUAUUUGUUACUUACGACCAUUUUUGGUCAGUUUUAAAAAAUAUAAAAAUGUAUACUGAAAGAAACGGUCAUUUCUGCUGCUUAUAAUCUUUUAAGUUAGCGUAUUAUGUGAUUCUACUUUAACAAUAAUAAUCAUAAAGUAAAUUGGUCUUAAGUAGAAGUAACGACCAUUUAUUUUGGACUGUUGUUCAAGGGCGUAUAUACAAUUACUUCAGCUGGAUGAAUAUAUUACAACUGGUACUGUCAGUAUUUAAUAGUUUUAGCUUCGGUGAAUAAUCGGUAUAAUGAAAUCUACAAUAUGUAGUUUGCUAAAAAUACUCUUUUUCUUCUACGACCUUUUAUUUAUGUGACGUGGAAAUGUUUAUGCUCUUCAUACAUUGCUGCUUGUCUGUCUAAACUGUAUAUGACGUUGUUGGCUUUCAUACCAACUAUUAUCUUCUUUUAUAAAAAAUAUUCUCUUUGUUUCAAACGCAA